AUGGCGGGAGCUAUGGUACCUCUAGAAGUUGCGCUGAGCGGGGCAAUUGGCGCCCGGGUGCGGAUAACCACAGCUCAGCAAUCCACAAUCGAAGGCACCCUCUUCACAGCCGAUCCGAUCACGAACCUCGUUGCCAUCAACACCGCCGACCCUAAGCAGGCGCAAGCGGACUAUCACAUCUUCCCCGUGUCGCGGAUACAAUCGUUCCAGCUUCUCUCCCUUGCUCCGCCGUCCACCGCCGCGGACGGUCCGUCCUUCUCGGAUGCAGUCCCGUCCGUCCACGCGCUCGACAUCCGUGCGUUGAAGAACCGUGAGGCCACGGCCAUUGGCAAGUUACACGAGAACGAGGCGCGCCGCGGGAAAGGCGUCACACGCGAGGCGCAGGAUAUCUUCGAUGCGAUCAGUCGUACGAUGCCCGUUCGAUGGGAUGGCACCAACAUUGUCGUGGCGGAUGCGGUGAGCAUCGCUGCGCCUUACCGUCCGGAUGACUGUCGGCCCUUGGUAGCGGGUGACACUGCGGCACUUCUCCGCGUGCGCAAGGUGCUUGAGAUGGAACGCCAGAAGAUUGAGCUACGGAAUGCCAGCGCCGCCUUUUCGCGGCCGUCGGGCGCCCCGAAGGAUAACCGAGCGUCGACUGCGAAUAAUCCCAGCCCGGGACCGGGAGCGGCAGGACAGAGGAAGGGGGGUUGA